AUCUUUGCUCUUGAGAACGAAAAAACUUUUGGCGCUGAUAGCUAGCUAGCUAUAGAUGAUCAUAGUCUAGAUCCCUCCAGAUCCUCGGCAUUCAACUCAGUCAAUGCUCAUUUUGAAGUGACGGGUGACCGGUGAUCGAUUUGUUUAUUAUUUGAAAUGUCUAAUUCUCCAGCACGUGAAACUGAUGAUGUGGAGGUAGGAAUGAGUCUGACAGAUAGCUCUUCUCCACCCACCCAUGGGGAGGGUAACAAAGCAGAAAUUGAACUUCCACCCCCAUACAGUACAGCUGCAGCAAGAGGUGCCCCACCUUCAUACAGUUCUCUUUAUGGUGACAUGCAGACUGCGAAAGGGGAGUCCAAAAAUCCAUUUGAUUACAUGUUGAAAGUAUGGAAGCUGAUCCUCCGUUUAGCUUGUGUCACCAAAUUUAUGAUUGUAGUCCUGACAGUACCUCUUGCCAUGAUAAUAGUCGGUGCUGUGUUUUUUAAUGACUGCCCCACAGACAGAAUCAUCCCGAUCGUCCUGAUAGUUUUAGGUGCAGCCUACAUCACUAAGACAUUCAUGGACCUCAGAUCGAGGUUAGAGGUCCGCAAUGAAGACGAGGUCGGGGCCAUCAGGAGGAAGGAUCUCGCCCAAAAGAUUGCAAGCGUAAUCUUGGGACUCUUUAUUCUUGCUUUCUUCAUUGCUGGAAACUACAUCGUCUUCAGUAUCUACAAUGUUGUUGUCAUGGAUGAUGCGGAGAGCCCGAACUACUGCAAUCCGAUCCUCUACAACUUUGCCUUCUGGAUCAUGAUUGUUAUCUACAUAGUAGGUACCCUGCUCUGCUGUGGUGUCUGCUGUGCCGCGGGAGUGGCUUCGUGGAGAGCAGAUGAAUAAAGGGGAAUGAAACCUCUGGAACAAGUAGGCUUGUGUGGAAACAGAAAAAUCAAAGAAUAAGAACAAAGAAAGUU